CCCCGAGGGAAGUUCCCAGCUAGUUGUAAAACAUGUAAAAAUGUACAUUUGUGCGAAACACUCCAUUUCCUCCCCUUAAACGUGAACACUGAGAUGUAGAGCAGGACCGAGAGCGCGCCAUGACUUCAAAACGAUAGCCAAAUGUAGGUGUUUGGGACAGUUUUCGGACGAAGGUAAGGCUCCAUUCAAAGCCGAAGAAGAACAAGUGAGUUAGCAACAGAGUUAGCUAGCUGUAGAGAGACGCCGGGUCUGUGUAGUUACGACCUUAUUAGCUGACUUUUCGGGCUUCGCCGUAGUAGUCUGUUUUUAAUCAUCAUACAAAUUCAUAACUUUAAAGAAAACAUUUAUUUGAUUUGGCUUCGUUUGAUGUGUUGUAACAAUAAGGGAGAAGAGUUAAACUACUUCUAGGAGUCGUUCCUUUGGCGUAGACGUCAUGAUUAACUUCCCUUAUUAUGCAAAAUAUAAGUUCUCUUCUGAUGCAAAUGUAGAGUCAAAUAUUUUUUUUAGGUAAUCCAUAUGUGCUGUAAAACAGUAGUGCAAAUUAAAGCCCCCAUUGAUUAUUUUGAAUCCUAAUUUGACAUAAAGACGGUUCUAUACAUUUAUGUACAUAUAAGUAAAACAGAUACUUAUGCUAACUAAAGAUAUUGAUGUAUAAGCGUCUCCAAACAAUAUAUCAUGAUGUAUGUUAAUAUUGUUGUAAAACAUGUGAGCCUUGUCUAAAAAAGUAUUUUACAAUGUAGCUUCUUUAGAGCAGGAUUUUCAUAAAUGUUUAUUACAUAGAGCUACAUUGUGAUAAACAGGCGUUAAUAAGUCUAGUCCACCACUACACAUCCAAAUGCAUGACUAACAUAUCUGUCAUAAACAUGUUUUUGUUUGUUGAGUGUGUAUUUUGUGGCUGAGUGACCCAUGACAGCUGCGUCCGUGAUGUUACUGAAGGCUGCGGCAUGGACCGAAACAUUGGUGAUCCGCUGAACAAAGCCUACGAAGCCUACCGCAACAUCUCAAUUGAGAAUGAAAAUGCCAAAAAGCUGCUACAAGAAAAGACAGAGCAAUAUCAACGGCAUACACAACAACUGGAGAAAAAGAUAGAAGAGCAAAAGCAAGAGAUUUCAGAUCUCAAAGCACAAUUACAUUCAAUAAAGCAUGGUUCGGGGGAAGUGAAAUGUUGCGAGACUGCACACAGAAAACAGGAAACAGAAAGGUUAUCACCUAAUAUUCAGUGGCCUAGCAACUCCUCUACUCCCCACAGGACUAACUAUAUCCUGGUGAAGAAAGAAUCCCAGGAAUUUACACCAAUGCAUCCCCAUUCAAUGUCUGGAGUUAGUGGCAUGAAGACUGAGGAUGUUCUAGACACGCUUCAGGAAAUCCAGGGGACUUUCCAGAGGAUUCAGACUCUUGCAAAACGGCAGAAAGAUCACCUGAAAAGAAUACACAAAGGAAGUGAUGCUGCCAGUGCAGAGCAACAGUUCUCCAUGCCCAUCCAGUGCACCGAUGACACCAGCGAACAAGUUGAAGGGCACUUCUCCACCCCUUCAAGGCCAGAGGUGGAUGAAGCCUUGCCCUCGGGUGCACUAGCAUCACGCGGUGCCAGCCCAGAGGAUGGUGACUUUAUGAACAAUAUUAAGUUCCCACCACCCACAGAUAGUGAAUUUGAAUUUCUGCAUAGUGCACCAGACAGGAGUGUGUCACUUCCAGUGCACAAGAAAGACCUUACAGAGCCCAUUACCACAGAGCUGGAAGAGGAGUCCUUCUCCUCAUUCUCUGUUUCUCCUCCAACAUCACACCUGCUGUGUGCAACCACAUCACACGAAGGAAUCCGGGGACCACAACAGCCUCUGUGGAGCCCUGGUCUAAUCCCUGAUAUUGCAUCGGAAGAAUCAAGCAUGGGAUCUGCUCACUGUACUUUUUGCAAGGCUACUGUUCCCAGUACCCUCAUGUACAGCCACCUCAAUUCACACUUCCAGGACAAAGCAGAUGAUUGACAGAACCAGACUCAGGAGCUGCCUACUAGCUGAUAUGCUGCCUUAUUCAUGGCUUUGUUGGCUGUCCUCUAUGCACAAUGAGCUCGGCACAUGGCGGCCACAGCGGCUUUUUAUUCAGAGCGUGGUGGGAGGGGAGGUCUCCAUGCUCAUUUAUUUAAGUUGUAAGAACUUGAACGGUACAUUUUGUGGUAUUACCAACUCAAUUAAUCAUUCUGUUUUUGAUGUGUGGGACUUUUGAGUGUGUUGUCUGUGUGUCUGUGUAAUAAAGAAACGCUUCCAUUUUAUAAGA